AUGACAGGAGCCAGAGAACCGACUACGAAGACACUAGGUGGUGUCGCGCAACCUACCCCUGGGCGUGGCUCGCCAUCGCGUGUGCCCACACCGGUCACCACGUCCGCAGUCGUUGAAGACUCGUCCGCGCAGGAGACGCGUGACGACAAGAUCCUCGCAGCACUCGCGAGUGUGACGGAACGCCUCGCAACGUUGAUAUCAUCGCAGCGGGUGCACAUUGAAGACGAGCGCAUGCUGGGCGCUGUCGAAAGUGGUGUGAUUGCAUUAAAGCUCGGCGCGAACAUGCGCGGGCGUCCGAUGACGAUCGACGCGCUCGGGUCGCCGGAGAGGAAGACAACUGCGUUGCCAGCGUAUCAGCGCGCGGAUGAACUCGGUGUGUCUCGCUUCGCGACGCUCGAGCCACCUGGUGCGCGCUUGCCGCAGCAGCAGCCCGCGCCGCCGCAAGCAGACGUGCGUCCGGGACUGAACGGCUACGGGAUGCCGUCUGCAAGUCAGCGGAAGCUGAACAUCCGAAAGUUUGACGGGACAGAGUUGUACCUCGGGCUCGAAGCGUCGUGCGGUUUCGCGUGGACCGAGGACGUCAAGGUGGACCUCCUCGGCCACUUCCUGGCGGGCACUGCGGAGCGGUACUACCACAAGCAGGUUGACACCUGGUGGGUGCAGAUGCCGCGCCUCGAGUACAUCCUCGAGCAGCUGCUGCUCACGUUCAAGACCACGAUUACUGCAAGUCAGGCCAUGAAUCUCUUCAUGGCAAAGAAAGAGACGCGACGGACCUGGGCCGAGCACUUUCUCUUCAUGGUUGCAGUAAGCGAGGCGCGCGGCGGCGCCGACUUACUCGUGAUCGACAACAUCUACGACCCGACGCGGGUCGAUUACCUGCGUCAUGCAGAAGAGCUGGCGCACUUUGCUCAGUCGAUCGAACACGGCACUGGCGUGGUCGGCCGCGAGGUGGUCGCAGCACAUGUCGAGACGACACCCAAGGGGCCGCGCGUGUGUUACCGGUACGGCAUACCUGGGCACAUUGCGUCCGACUGCAGCGCGCGUGUGGUGCAUGACGAAGAAGCGCGUGCGCAAAGCGGGGGCAGCAUAAUCCUAGCGCUGACCGAAAAGUCGCCGGGCGAGGUCUCGAGACGACGCUACAAGAAGAAGAGGAGCUCGCGCGGCAAGAAAACUGCUGUAGGCGACGCGAGAGGCAAAGCUUAA